GAUCUACCCAUGCCUUUGCCAUGUGGGCUGAAGUUUCGCACGAAAGAUGAAUAGCUGAGGGGUAACACUAUUCUCAUCUGCUUAAACUAUCUAAGGAUCACGCCGAGGCAACUGCAUCUGGGGUAUGAUCUAUAACGUACUGGGCCCCCUACUUUGCGACUGUGUCAACUCAGUUAACGCCUCCGUAUACGUCAUUACCUUUUCUAAACGCACGAUUGAAGUCGGAGACCUCUUUUAACAUGAAUGGCCACGCCGGAAUGUUGCCCGAAUACGAUGUCAUUAUCGUAGGAAGCGGUAUUUCGGGCAUCAACUUCGCGCAGCGCAUACAGACCUAUUGUCCCCCAGGAACCACCUACACGAUUCUGGAGGCACGGAGUGAUAUGGGCGGUACAUGGAACUUCUUCAAGUAUCCAGGUUUACGAUCUGAUUCCGACCUACACACUUUCGGCUUCCCAUGGCGGCCUUGGAAAGAGAACCAUCCGAUUGCAUCGGGAGAGGCAAUCAUGAAAUAUAUGAGGGAGAGCGCAGCUAGCGAAGGCAUUGAUAAGAAGAUUAGAUACAAUCACAAAGUUAAGAGCGCAGAAUGGAGUUCGGAAGCAUUGAAGUGGACACUGCAUGUAGAGGUCCACGGACACGAGCACCUUGUUAGAGGAAGGUUUCUCAUACUCGGUACUGGCUACUAUGACUAUGAGACGCCCAUGAAGACGGUUAUUCCUGGGUUGGAAAGGUUUCAAGGAAAGGUCAUUCACCCGCAGUUCUGGCCGGAAGACUACGACUAUAGCAACAAACGGAUUGCCAUCAUCGGCAGCGGCGCAACGGCUGUGACCAUAUUCCCUGUUCUCGCAAAGACCGCACAACACGUCACGAUAAUCCAACGCAGCCCCAGCUACAUAAUGUCGUUACCUAGCAAGGAUGCUCUGGGAAGCAUCUAUCAUGCUGCAUUGCCUGGAUCGUGGGCAUCAUGGAUUGACCGUAUGCGAUUCCUCCUUGUACCUUACGCCUUCUUCUACUUCUGUCGAUACUUCCCGAAUGUCGCUCGACGCCUUCUUGCUUAUGCUACGAAGAAACAACUCCCGCCUCAUAUUCCUUUCGAUCCACACUUUGUACCAUCAUACAAUCCAUGGGAACAGAGAUUAUGUCUCUGUCCAGAUGGAGACUUUUACAAGGCGUUACGAAAAGGGAACUGUGACCUGGUGACUGGCACGAUCAAAACGGUCACAGAGAAGGGCAUAUUGAUGGACUCGGGUGAGACACUAAACUUCGACACGAUCGUGACUGCAACGGGAUUAAAGAUCCACCUCGCGGGUGGUAUCAACUUCAUCGUGGACGGCAAACCCCUUCAUCUGCCAGAAAAGUUUAUGUGGAAGGGUGUCAUGCUACAGGACCUGCCGAAUGCAUGUUGCGUCAUUGGCUACACGAAUGCAUCGUGGACACUGGGCGCAGAGGCUACCGCGCAAAUGUUCUGCCGUCUCUACAAUUAUAUGAAGAGCAAUGGCUAUUUGGCGGCCGUUCCCAGAUUAGAGAACCCAGAGGCCAUGCCUGCGACGCCGAUGCUUAAUUUGAACAGUACCUAUAUUCAAAACGCACUGUCCGCCAUACCAAAAAGUGGUGCGACGGGCCAAUGGAAGCCUCGAAAGAAUUACUUCUCGGACUUGAGAGAAGCAAAGAGUGGCGAUAUCACAACAGAUCUACAGUUCUAUCGGGCUGGGAGCUCCUUUGUAGCAGCAAAUGGCAAUGCCGAUCGCAAACUGGCGAACGGACACAUCUGAGGUCGAUAAGCACAAGAUUUAGAAUGCGUUUGGUUCUUUGAUCGUCUUGCUGCACGCUUCUGUAGUACAUUGUUCGACCUUAUAGUAGAAAGUGCUUAGACUAAUCACGUUGCGCUUGAAAUAGAAAAAUUCCAGAUGACAAAAUGGCAACAUUCCCUUGAUCAAAAAAUA